AUGGCUUCGCACCACCGGAGUCCGCGAGGCGUCGCGGCCCCCCACUGGGGCGAAGACGAAUCCAGCGCGCACACGCCAGUAAGAAUGUCUCGCACGAGUGGAGUCGUGCCCGUGACCAAGCCUGUGCCUAAUGAGCACACCAAGCUGCUAGACGAGGAGGACGCGGAGCUGGAGAAGGAGACAAAGGAGUACUUCCACACGAAACACGUCGGCCUCAUGGCGCUGUUUGGUAAGUCACCCUUCACGAAACCCUUCUUCGUCAUGUGCUUCUGCCAUGCUGCGCCUGUCUUGUUGUUGCCAUUGAUCUUCGCCUACUACCGCAUCUGCGGCACGACUGAGGAUCGACACGCUGGAUUCGACAUCGUCGGUGUGCUGCAGCGCCACUCCAUCAUCCCUCUCCGGCAACUUCUUCGCCUGUCGGCGUUCCUCGGCAUCUUCUACCUCGUGGCCGACUACUUUUGGUUCUCUUCGCUCCAGAACUUGACGGUGGCCGCGGGUGCCGCCAUCUUCAACAGCUCGCCGCUCUUCGUGUACUGCUUCUCCAUCUGCCUGCUGCACGAGAAGGUGUCGGUGAAGAAGCUAUUCGGCGUUCUGCUGGCCUUUUGUGGCGUGACGAUGGUCGUGCUCUACCAGGGAGGGGGCGGAGGGGACGCCAUCGGCAACCCGAGCGUGAUCGGAGGCCUCAUGAUGGUGACUUCGGCCGUUCUGAACGCCGGCUACAACGUGUCGGUGGCGCUCACUGCCGGCGCCGACAUCAACGACACCUCGACGCUCAUGAUCAUGAUGGGCUUGAGCGGGAUGUUCACGAUCCCGGCGUGGCUUGCGGGGACGAUCUUCUUCGCACACAGUCCGUUCCCUUCGCUCUACGAGCCGAUCGGGUUUCCCCCUACGGCUGAGGGCAACCUCAUGUUAGCGAUUGGCAUUGUCAUGUUCACGACCAACUUCGUCUUCCUCACGUUCGCCGUUUGCUGGACGUCGCCGCUGGAGACCAGUGUCGGCUUCAUGCUCACGAUCCCGUUGUCGGGGCUCAUGGAUACGCUGAUGCACAGCACGUCGUUCACGUGGCAGUGCAUUGUCGGCUCCAGUUUGGUGAUGAUUGGGUUCUUGAUCCUGGAGCUGAGCUCAACGCACCCGCCGUCACACCAAAGCAUUGAUCAAAAGGAAGCGACUGACAAGGCUCACCUUGUCUAA